AUGAAAGUAAAUAGAUCAAUGCUUACAGAAUUUAUCAUUAUUGGAUUGUCAGAUAAUUCUAAAUAUCAGGCCCCAGUCUUCUGCAGUCUCCUUCUUCUCUACAUCCUUACUUUAGCAGGGAAUGUGUCAAUCAUUGUUGUGUCACAACUAGAUAAAUAUCUACACACACCAAUGUACUUCUUCUUGCAAAAUUUAUCUUUCCUAGACAUCUGCUACACAUCCACCACCAUGCCAAAAAUGUUACAAAUACUUAUUGUGAAGAGAAAAACUAUCACAUUCAUAGGGUGUGCAAUUCAGAUGUAUUUCUUCAUAACAUUUGUUGGUACUGAGUGUGUCCUUCUUUGUAUAAUGUCGUAUGAUCGUUUUCUAGCCAUAUGCAAUCCCCUUAGAUAUUCUGUAAUAAUGAAUCAUAAACAGUGUGCAUGCCUAGCUCUUAUUUCGUGGCUCAGUGGCCUUGUGAAUUCUCUAAUCCACACAUAUUUUACUUUUCGAUUACAUUUCUGUCACAACAAGAUCAAUUAUUUCUACUGUGACAUACCUCCACUAAUCUCCAUGUCAUGCGAAGAUACAUCUAUUAAUGAAGUCUUGCUACUAACGAUAGGUGUAUUCAUAGGGUGGACACCCUUCAUAUGCAUCAUUAUAUCAUACAUAUACAUUAUAGUAACAAUAAAAAAAAUCAAGCGCACUGAUGGAAGGCAGAAAGCAUUUUCUACCUGUGCCUCUCAUAUAAUGGUGGUGGUCCUUUACUAUGGUAGUGUACUGUUUAGUUAUGUGAGACCAAUUUCAUUAUACUCAUUGGGUAAAGACAGGGUGAUCUCAGUUUUGUAUUCUGUUAUAUCGCCAAUGUUGAACCCAUUAAUUUACACUUUGAAAAACAAAGAUGUAAAAAAGGCAAUGAGAAGGCAAUGUGUGCACAGGUUAAAUAAAUAAAACAAUCGUGUAAAUAUAUUGUGGAUUUUUGUUGAAUUUUAUUCUCAUUCACUCAAACCUCUAAAAUUAGUGUCCCUCUUUCAA